AUGCUCAAUGCCAACAAACUUGAGCUCGACCGUUGGAAAUACCGCCUUCCUGGGCCAUCUCUGACACCCGGCCCGACGACCAUCAAAAAAAUCGAAGCGAUGAUGAUCGAGCGCGCAGAGAGCUUGGGAGUUGCGAUUCUUAGGGAUAAAGCUGUGAACAAGAUAGCAGCACAAAGCGAAAUCGGAAUCACGGUCAAGACCGGUGAUGAUGCGUCGUAUAGCAGUAGAUGGCUUAUAGAAAAAUCUGAGACCUGGAUCCAUCUUACCAAAACUGGCGUGUACAUCGUUGCAGGCAUGAACUGUUUACAUCUUGUGGGUUUUGAUGGUGCUAUAUUUGAUCGAAGGCAGGGAAUUACGAGAGAGCACCUUCAGGACGUGAUGAACCGAGUGACAGGAAUCACAGACUUGGAAAUCACAACUGUGCACCUUCUAGCCUCGUACACUGAUCGAUCGAAGCAGGCUAAAAGCUACCGCAAGGGCCGAUUUCUCCUCGCUGGUGACGCGGCUCACAUUCACUCGCCACUCGGAGCUCGAGCUUUAAAUGUCGGCCUCGGUGAUGCCAUGAAUCUAGGUUGGAAACUCGCGACAACGAUUCGACAGGAGGCAAUAUCCAACAAAAAUUCGGUAGUUCUUACACUACUUAACACAUACGAAAACAAACGUCAGGGCCUGGGUUCUUGA